GUCAAAACAAUUGCCAUAAUUUGUAAACAGUAGGUAUACAUUUUACUUUUGAUUUUGAAACAAAAAGAAAAGUUGUUAGUUGGAAUUGUGAAGAAAUGUCUGGCGAAGACUGCGAGUCCCUUGAUAAGGGUGAUAGUGAUGGGCAAAAGCCCGACAAAAUGUUUACGCUCAAAAAGUGGAACGCCGUAGCGAUGUGGAGCUGGGAUGUUGAAUGCGAUACUUGUGCUAUUUGCCGCGUCCAAGUCAUGGAUGCCUGUCUGAGAUGCCAGGGUGAAAGCAAGAAGGACUCAUACGGCAAGCAGGACUGCGUGGUGGUAUGGGGCGAAUGCAACCACAGCUUCCAUUUCUGCUGCAUGUCCCUCUGGGUGAAACAGAACAACCGUUGUCCGCUGUGCCAACAAGAGUGGUCGAUACAACGGAUGGGCAAGUAGGCAAGUAAAUGCCACUUGCCGGUCGUACAUACUUCUAGAAGAAUCGUUGAUCUGUCGUGCUGUGUAUGUUAUUGUACUCGUGUGUAAGUAUUGAUAAAUAAAGGAUGUAUGUAUUUGUA